UUGGCGGCCGGCGGGUGAGUGCAGGGCUGUGCGGUGCUGUCCCGGGCUGUUCCGGGCUGUGCGGGGCCGUGCGGGGCUGUCCCGGGCUGUCCCAGCGGCGGCGGCACCGCCUUCCCCCGCAGCCGCGGCACGGCGGGCAGCGCUCGGACAGCGGCCUCGGUGUGUUCAGGGAUGGCGGCGCCGACGAAGGCGGAGAGGAAGGCGUGCUGGGGAGCCCGGGACGAGUUCUGGCAGUGCCUGGACAGCCACGGGGAUGACGCCGCCAAGUGCGAGAAGCUGCGCCGGGCCUUCGAGUCGCGCUGCCCGCAGCAGUGGGUUAAACACUUUGACAAAAGAAGAGACUUUUUAAAAUAUAAAAAGAAGCUUGAAACAGAAGGGUAUAGUCCUCCAGAAGCUGCUGGAAAGUCUUAGGAACUCUGCUCUCAAAUCAAGUCAGACUAACUAUAGGAGGAAGAAGCCAGAGAAAGCAACAGAAGCUGCUUGAGUGCAAGAACUGGUAAUGUAGCAGUCUCCCUGAAAUGCAGACUGCUCUUCUUGUUGCCAGGUCUCACAUGUCUGCUAAAAAAGGGGUCAUGGACAGAUUUUUGAUGAGUUUAAGUCAAAGAAAUAUGGUGCAGGGCUGUUCACAGCUUUAAGGGUUUGAAUGUAUAAUUAGUAAAAUUGUUUCACAGGAAUAAAUGAUUAUUUAAUACUGCUAUGUACAUAUUCUAAAGAGAAAAUGAAAUUGUUUUUCCAUAAAUGAACCACCCUUUUCCUAAAUUAAAAAAGUCCAUUCCAACUUGC